CCAUAUCUUCCAGGAGAUAUGAUUCAGGAUAAAGAUCAGUAUUUUGGAGGUGUAGCAGAACCCUACUGGAUAAACAGUAAGGGUGGAGUAAUUUGGGUUGAAAGAGAGCAACCUCUUUUCUACAGCUGGAACCAGAACAGCUCAUCAAAACUCUGUCUAGCUUCUAAAAAAAGUUUACCAUACAGAAUGAAGGCUGAUGACACUCUAGAGUUGUCCUAUACCCUCUGUGCUGGUGAAAAUGCUAAGGAAAUGCAGACAUAUGCAGCAGCUAAUUUCUGGGGAAGACCAGAUUCUAUUCCAGAUGAAAGAAUGAUAACAAGCCCAAUCUGGUCAACAUGGGCUCAGUACAAAGCUGAAAUCAAUGAAAGCAUCAUUAUGGAAUUUGCCAAUAAUAUUAUUUCCUACGGGUUUGAUAAUAGCCAGCUUGAGAUUGAUGAUAAGUGGGAAGCCUGCUAUGGUGAUGCCAAGUUUGAUCUGACAAAGUUCCCAAAUCCUGCCAGAUUAGUGACAAACCUUAAAGCUAAGGGCUUCAGGGUAACCCUAUGGAUUCAUCCAUUUGUCAACCUUGAGUGUGAAAGUUUUGGCAUUGCAACAAAUCCCACAAGUGUUUAUGUUGUCAGAGACCCUAAGGGUAAAUUUGGAGAUUUUACUGGAGAGCUUCCAGUGUCUAAGUUUCUACCUGGAUUGACCUGGUGGUGGCAAGGGUUUGCUGCUGGGUACAUUGACUUUACAAAUACUGAUGCAGUAGACUGGUGGACUAACCGGCUCAAUACACUCAGGACUGAGUUUGGAAUAGAUUCCUUCAAAUUUGACGCAGGAGAAUAUAACUGGCUUCCAACAUCAUACUAUUUCCAAAAUGAAACUUCUCAAAACUCCCCAGGGAUUUUCACUACCAGAUAUGCUGAGGCUAUAUCUAAGUUUGGGAAUAUGAUUGAACUCCGUGUUGGACGACACUCUCAGCAUAUUCCUAGAUUUGUACGUAUGCUGGAUAAGUUCUCUGUCUGGGGCUAUGAGAAUGGAUUAAAGAGUAUGGUAACAACUCUGCUACAGUUUGGGAUAGUAGGGUAUCCGUUUAUUCUCCCUGAUAUGAUUGGAGGGAAUGGAUAUGGUAAUCUACCAAGCAGAGAGCUCUACAUCAGAUGGUUACAAGUGAAUGUGUUCAUGCCUGCUGUCCAGAUCUCAUUUGUUCCCUGGAUGUUUGAUGAUGAAGUUGUUGAACAUGCACGUGUCAUGAUGAACCUUCAUGCUCAAUAUGCACCAACCAUUAUACAGUUAGCAACUCAAGCUACAGAAACAGGUAUACCAAUUAACCGGCCUGUCUGGUGGCUGGAUCCUACAGACGACCAAGCACUGGGCAUUGACUCUGAGUUCCUGCUUGGCGAUGAUAUCCUUGUAGCGCCUGUCAUGGACGAGGGAGCUAUGGAUCGGGAUGUAUAUCUCCCUGUUGGGGUUUGGCGAGAUGGAAACACAGAGGAGAUUAUUGAGGGACCAACCUGGAUAUACAAAUACCCUGCUGAUCUUACCACCCUUCCAUACUUUAUCAGAGUUUAGUAGUAGAAUAACAAAUAAAUACAUUUUUGUAAUGUUUGAUGUUUUAUGAAUACAUGUUUAGUUUUAGGAAAAGUAGUACAGAAGAGUAUUUGGAUAAUUAUUUGUCAGAAAUUAUACAAUUAUCAUAAAAUUUUACAUUAAAUAAACUGUUAUUUGAAAAAUUCA